ACAUUGAUUGAAAAAUGUGCAUUCAUUUGCAUUUUCGCGCUCUCGUCAACUUGAACAAACGUGAAUUUCACGCGUUAUGAUUUCUUAUAUGAAUUUACUGCGUAUAUUGAAGCUUUCUUCGCUUUUAAUAAUUUUCGCCUUUGUUUCAAAAUAUACAAUUGAGCCCCUUGCCACAAUUCGCAAGCGUUUGAAUCGUACCGCGGCGCGAGGUUAGGUUAGUUUCGGCUUAGGUUAGGUUAGAUCGGACAAUUCAGCAGCUGAUCGAGCAGCGCACGUCGCCAUCGAUGGCCGGCGGCGAGGCCGCGUCGUGUUGACGUGGUCGUUGUUGUCAUUCCGAGACGCAGUUCUCGGACGGUUGUCGAAGGUGCAGGAGCGGGAUACUUCAGCCUCCGGGUGUGCAGCGGCAGCUUUCAUCAUCCUGGCGGAAUGGACGUCGGGGAGAUAAUUGAUUUCGCGGAUCUUGACGUGGAAAUUCAAGAGCUGAUAAGAGAGAGCGUGUCGGUACGCGAGAAUUCGUAUGCGCCGUACAGCAAAUUCAAGGUCGGCGUCGCGGUGCGAUGUGCCGACGGUAGCAUUUCGCGAGGUUGCAACGUGGAGAACGCGGCCUUCCCAGCGGGCGUCUGCGCCGAGGUCACGGCGAUCGCAGGGGCCGUGUCGGAAGGGAAGCGAAAGUUCACGGCGUUAGCCGUGGCCGCCGACCAGGAGAAUACCCCGUUCACGACGCCAUGCGGGAUGUGCAGGCAGUUCAUCUCCGAAUUCAGUGACGAUAUGUUUAUCUACCUGUCGAAAACCGAAAUGAAGAAAGUCCUACGGAUUAAAGCGAAUAAAUUGUUUCCGCUUUCACCAUUUCGUACAGAGGCCUCAUAAUCCGUCCUCGUCAUGCUGGAGACAACAUUCAAAUAAUAGGAGGCUAUAGCAAAAUGUAUUGAACUUUCUUAAGCCUAUGUACUUAAUUAAAAUAUUCAUUCAGAAUUGGAUACAUUGUAAAUUUUGUUUUUUAAAAUUUUAUUUCACGAACUGGCAAUGCAGAAUAUUUACAAUGAUGUGAUACAUAUUGAUAUCGAUUAGUUAAUGUUUAAAGGAUGUCUAAUAUCGAAACGAAAGUAUUCUCUUGCUUUAAUCAUCUUUUUUCAAAAA